AUGACCACCCUCUUGUCUCAGAAUUCCGAAGUACAGAUUACAAGUUCAAAUAAAAAUGAAAAAAAAAAAAAAAAAAAAAGCAGCAAUAACAACGAAGUGAAAAACAAUAAUAAAAAGAAAGAAAAAAUAAAUAUAAGGAAGGAAGAGGAUACAAGGCAUUACGGGCAUCACGAAGUUAAUCUGUACUCCCAAAAUAGUUCACUUGAAGGAAAAAAAAAAAUUAAAAAAGAAAAAAAAAAAGAAAAGAAAGAUAAAGAAAAAGGUAAAGAUAAAGAUGAAGAUAAAAAUGAAAAUAAAGAUGAAGAUAAAAAUGAAAAAAAAGAUGAAGAUAAACAGAUGGUGGAGAAAGACGUAGACGAAGAUGUGAAUGAAAGGGUAAACGAUAGCGAACAAUCUGUUAAAGGAAAAAUAGAAAUAUAUCAAUCAACACUUGACGAUACUAACGAGAGGAAACUACCUAAGAACGAAAAUCAUGUAAAAAAAGAAAAAGAAAAAGGAGAAUCAAAAAGAAGAGACAAGAAGAAGAAAAAAAAAGAACAAACAAAGAAGGAAAGAGAAAUUAAUGUUGCAACGAACCAACAUGAUGAAUUAGACUUAAACAAAAUAAAUGAUGACAACGAAUAUGUAACAAAUAUCCCUCAGAAUCAAAUUAAUAAUAAUUAUAAUGAUAGUUCGUUAACAGAAAGAUACAAAAAUGAUGACAACAAGCAGAGUGUUGAUAAGGAGCUUGAUCAUUCUAGAAAAGAUUUUCAUGAACCAUAUAAUGAUGAGCUAAAAAAAAUGAAAUCAACAAAAAGAGAAAAAAGAAAGAAAGACAAAAAAGAUCUUAAUAGUACAAAUGAUUCUAUUCGAAGAAUUCCCAGAAGUAAUGAAUAUGAACAACUGCAUGCAAAAUCAAGCAUUGAAGAUAUGCAUUUCACAGAGACAUUGAACAAAAAUUUGGAAUUAAAGAAAAAAGACGAAAAAAAAACUAGCGCGUCUAAAAAAAUGCGUGAAAAUAGUAAUAUGCAUAUGGAAAAAAAUACAGACAUUUUGCCUAAUAUUGAAGCAUCUUCAAAGUUAAAAGGGGAUGAGGGCGAAUUAGCCGCUUCGAGAAAUUGUAGUGAUCAUUUAUAUGAGGAAAAGUGCCUAGUGGGUGAUGUUAAAAGAGAUGUAAAAAAUAGUGAACGGAAGGAGAAAAAAAAAAAAGAAAAAAAAAAUCACACAAAAGAGAAUGAAAAGAAGGAAAAGAAAAAGAAAGAAGAAAAGAGGAAUAAAAAAAAGGAAAAAGGAAAAAGAGAAAUGAAUAUAGAAUCAAGUGGAGAAGCUAGUGUUCAAGCGGGUGUACAUCCAAAUGUAGUACCUAUUGUAGAACCGGAUGUGGAACCUACUGUAGCAGAUGCAGAUCUAAAUGCAGAGAUGAAUGACGCUAAGGAAGACUCAGUGGGAGAGACAAAAUCGAAUAGCGAACAGUCAGAAGUAGAAUUCAACAAUAAAGGAAAACCAUCAGAAUAUGAAACAAAUAAGACUGAGAUAAAAGAUAAUGUAAAACUUAAAAGUGACAACUUUUUACUUAUUAACAAUGAAGAAAAGGCUUUAGAUAAGAGGACAAAACUAGAUAAAAAUGUUUUAAAUAUAAUGUACAAUGCCAACGAUGUGAAAAGAUUAGAUACGUACGAAAGCAAAAUAUGUGUUGUAAAUUCAAUUCAAGACAUAUCUUGCAUUUCGUCAGAAAAGGACGAUAUCAACAAAGACAGCAAUAUGUGUAAAGCGUUCAGUUAUAGUAACAAAAGUAAAGCGUUCGAUCUGUUGUCAUAUCUUAAGGAUAAUGUAAAAAACUGUAGAAAUAUGUUAAAAGAAGAAAAUUUAGAAAUUUAUGAAAGAAAAUGUAUUAAAGAAGUUAUUUCAUUUCAUAAGCUAAAGUUAAAAUGUUUAAAAAGAAUAAAAAAAGAAUUUAUAAAAAAUAAGCAUUUAGAGACUACCUCUGUACAGCAGGAUAACAAUGCAGAGUCAUCCAAUAGUUCCGAAGAAGAUAAACAAGACAUAAUAAAAAAAUUUGAACAGUAUAAUUCUAUAACCUUAGAUGAGUCUUAUGAAAUGGAGAAUAUUACUAUGUAUAGAGGAGAUACAAAUAAACAGAAAAAAAAAAGAAAAAAAGAAAAAAAAGAAAUAUGUAAUAUGGUCCAUAGAAGUGAUUCAUCUAUAAAAAUAGAUCAACAGGAAGAAUUAAAUUAUUUUAAUUCUAAUAAAUUAAUAAAUAGAAAAUGUUACGAAAUGAUUAAGAGUUCUGGUACAUCCGCUAGUUCCUUAAAUGAAAGGAAUGUGUUAGGAGAUAGCCAAGAUGUAUAUAAAUUAAGUGAAUACAAAUUGAAAGAUCUCACAUUGAAAAGAUGUGAAUCAAAAAAAUUCAAUGUUGAAAAAGUAGAGGAUCACAAAGAAGAAAAUAAAGACAAUGAUGUAAAACCAAAAAAGGAAAACAUAUUAAAAAAUGUGGACAUCGAUAAAGAGGAAGAAAACCCAGCUAGUAAAAAUAUAUUUGAAACUAUUUUUAAUUUUUAUUCUAAAGAGGUAGAUCAAGAUAUAUUUAGAAAUAAUUGCGAUUCUGCAAACAGAACAGGUGACGGAGAAAAUACACUAAAAGGGAUGGACAUAGAAUUAUUUUUAAAUUUUGCUAAACACUAUAAAAUUAUAAAAAGUUUACUCACAAAAAGUGAGCUAGAAAAAAUAUUUUUUAAUGAAUGCAAAGGAAAUACCUAUAUUCAACAUAAACAUUUUAAAAAAGUUUUAAUGAUAUGUGCUCAAAUAGCUUUUACUAAACCACCUCAUAAAGUUAAUUUUACUGAUACGAACAAAAUUUAUGUUUUUCUAAUUUCGUGGUUAUGUAACAAUUCUCCUGAGCAACAAAAAAAAAUUAUUUUAAAAAUUAUUUCCCCAAUAUAUUCUACUAUUUUAAAUGAAAACAGUAAAAUAAUGGAUGGUUCAAAAAUCGACACCAAAAAAUGGAGUGAUGUAAAAAACAGCCUUCUGAAAAGUAGGCAGUCCUCUUUUUGCGUAAUGGAAAAAGGUAAAAAGCCACAAAAGGAUGGUGCAUUAAAUAAUUCGCAAAAUUUUUACAUGUUAUCGAAUAACUCGGAAAAAGCAAAAUAUUUUCACAUUGCAAAAUUUGAAGAAAAUGAAGAAACCGCAGAAACUGCAGAAAUUGCAGAAAUUGCAGAAAUUGCAAAAUUUCCUUUACAGUAUUUUUGA